GAGGAGGGGGGCUAGGGUGUCCCGUCGGCACGAGCGCAGAUAGCAGGCAACAGCUGCACCGAGAUCCUCGUUCAAUUUCACCGCGUUGCAUUAGCGCAUAUUUCUCUCCACGAUUUCAUCUCAGAACAGAGGCGAGCUAAAUCCCCAUAACCGGUCAAAAUGGUUGAUCGCGAGCAGCUGGUUCAAAAAGCCAGGCUUGCCGAACAAGCUGAAAGAUACGAUGAUAUGGCAGCUGCCAUGAAAUCGGUGACGGAGCUGAACGAGGCGCUGUCGAACGAGGAGCGCAACCUGCUGUCGGUGGCCUACAAGAACGUGGUGGGCGCCCGGCGCUCCUCCUGGCGCGUCAUCUCCAGCAUCGAGCAGAAGACCUCGGCCGACGGCAACGAGAAGAAGAUCGAGAUGGUGCGCGCCUACCGCGAGAAGAUCGAGAAGGAGCUGGAGGCCGUGUGCCAGGACGUGCUCAACCUGCUGGACAACUUCCUGAUCAAGAACUGCAGCGAGGCGCAGCACGAGAGCAAGGUCUUCUACCUGAAGAUGAAGGGCGACUACUACCGCUACCUGGCGGAGGUGGCGACCGGCGAGAAGCGCGCCACCGUGGUGGAGUCCUCGGAGAAGGCCUACAACGAGGCGCACGAGAUCAGCAAGGAGCACAUGCAGCCCACGCACCCCAUCCGCCUGGGCCUGGCGCUCAACUACUCGGUGUUCUACUACGAGAUCCAGAACGCGCCCGAGCAGGCCUGCCACCUGGCCAAGACGGCCUUCGACGACGCCAUCGCCGAGCUGGACACCCUCAACGAGGACUCCUACAAAGACUCCACCCUUAUCAUGCAGCUGCUGCGAGACAACCUGACACUGUGGACCAGUGACCAGCAAGAUGACGAGGGUGGGGAGGGCAACAACUAAACGCAACAAAACAAACAGCAGAAAAAAAGAAAAGAAAAUUUCAAAAGGCGUGUCACUCUCUUUUCUUGGGGAAGAGAAGAAAAUUGAGGAGAGAAAAAAAAUGUUUUGUUGACACCGACGACAUUUAAAAAGAUAAAUAAUAUGGCUGGUGGAACUCUUGGUUGGCAAGCAGCUUUUGAGCCAAUGGUUUCCACGGCAGCGGCAGUUGUUUAUUUUUCCACAAGUUAAAAGAAAAAAAACAAAUCGAGGCGAAGGGGGAGGGGGGUGGUGGUCAGUGGGUUGAAGUCUUAGUUUGAAUAUAUAUAUAGAAAUAUAUCUAUAUGAAUAUAUAGUUGAGUGGGUCUCCCUCUUCUUGAUUAUCUUUUGACGUUUGCCAAAACCACUGAUAAUGGCACUGACGUUGCCACAGGUGGUGCUUGGUGGAGGGGAGUGGCAGCCUUAGACUUGGCUAUAUUGGGCUGACAUAGUUCAACCGGAAGCUGCUUAGUCAUUUUUUUGGGGUAGUAGACAUGCAUUUGAAAGAGGUUCUGAUGUUUAAAAAAAUAUAUAUCACAAAAAAAUAAACACUUGAAUGCGACAGUUAAAAAAAAGUUGUUGUCAGUGGUCCCAGUAAGACAUUGUGGCAAUUCACGACUAUAAGGAAGAAUAAGACGGAUUACAAAAUGUAUUAAGUCCAUCUGUUUAGUAUUCCGGUAUCCUCUAACAUGAUAGAUUUACGAUAGUUAUUUGGCACGCAGAUAGUCAGCCUAGGAGGCCUACACCCUCAUUGGUGGAGGAGCCAUGACUCAACCAAAUUUAUUUACAUUUUUUUUAACGUUUUGUUUGGUUUAAAGAAAAUAAAGUUGAUAUACCCGAGAACAAGUAUGACUGGGGUGUUUGGAGGGAGAUGGGGGAAACACCUUGUGAGAAUCCCCUGUUGAUCAAUCUCCGAGUGUCCUUACUGGAUCCACUGACUGCUUUAAAGAUCGAGGUGCGAUUACUGUUGGAGACUUAACUGUUAACAAUAGAAAAAUAGGAAAAAAUAUAGCAGCUUCAAGAGUUUGUGGUUUACUUCUGUGUUUAAUUUAUUUUUGCACUUGCCUACUAAACUGUUUUGUCCGUGUAAGAUAAUUACGACAAUAUUAUCAAUGAUUCAAUAUUGUGCAUGCUGGUGAUGUAUUUAUAAAAAUAGCUUGACUUUAUUAACUUAUACCUUGGGUGUUACGUAUUCAUAUGGUUAAGAAGUAAAUGGGCUUCGAUUUGAUUAUUUAUAAUUUAUGACUUUUUAAUGAUUUAAUUUUGUUUUUAAUUUGCUAUACCAAAAUUGUGAUUGUUAACAAUAAAUCAAUCUGUUACGAGCAUUGCUGUUGUGACAUGAACAUGUUUUUAUUUUUUUUCCUUUGGUUUAACUAAAAAUUUAAGGGGGGAAACGGCAAACAAACCAGGGAUUUAACCUCAUUCACUGGUGUUUGUGGUGGUAACAAAAAAAUACAUUAAAAUGAUGACGUUGUUUAAACAAUCUUUGGUUCUAAGAAAAGUAUACGAGUGUUUUUCCUGUCAUGUUAUGCAAUGAAACAUGUACGGUAUAAAACGAUCGUGAAGUGUGUCUGUAAGCAACUAACACCAUGGACCAUAGUUUUAUUUCCUGGCAGUAUACACUUAUCUUUAUUUUUUUUCUUUGUAAUUUUUGUUUGUUUGUUUGUUUUUUAACCUUAUAGCUGUCUCCUGAGUGACAAAUAUCUUGAAUGUGAGUCAUAAUGUAGCAGUUGCACACAAGCCUAAGUAAUGAUAAAUAUGAUAAAUAAAAAAGAAUUUGACAAGGUUACAAAUGCAAUCCCUGGUUCCCACUGCUCCUGUCUAUUGGUCUGCUGUUAUUCUACAAAUUAGCUCAAGAAACUUAACGGAAUAAAAACCUACUAAAUUACUAAAACCAUUCAGGUGAGGUACCAACAAUCAGAAUGCUGUUACUUUGAUUCGUAUUAUGUUAUGUUCCUCUGUUUUGUUAUUGUAACAUUUAUUUUGUAAAACUCUUGUGUUUUUUCUUCAUUUGUGUGCCUGACAUUCGAUUAUUUUAUUUCAGCCUUAAUGAAGUGUAUGCACCAUGUCAUGGAACACAUUCUCUUGUGUUUGUUUUUAUUUUUUUAAUUAUUUUUUUCAUGUUUCUCUUUUGCUUUGACAGUUUGAUCAUUGAUUUUAUGAUGGCGGGGUAGACGAAAAGAUUACUGAAUUUACAGUGAGCAGUAUGCAAACGCUGACAACAAGAUACUUCCUGUUUACUUCUGUUGCGUUUUUAAUAUCUCAUUCACUCAUAGACCCAGUCGGCAACUCUGGGACCGCCCAUGAAAUUGCUUGUUUUUCCCCAUGGUUGCCCCACCCGCUGUAUGUAGUGUCUAAUUAAUAUGCCUAAUGACUGGCAGUGAUUGGCACCACACGACCGUGGGUGGAGCAUUCGGAGGGGAAAACAAUGCAGUUUCAUGGGCGGCCCAGAGGAGCUAACUGGGUCAAUGACACCACCCUUUCCCAUUAUGGGGCUUUUGCCACGACGUCAGCCAUGUCUGACAAGUUUGUUCUCUGUGUCAAUAUAUUAUUUUUCCGUUUAUGUUCUGUUUUUUUUUUCUUUUUGUCAAGCACACUAGCAACACUGAGAACAGUCAAGAGAUAUUGAACAACCAUUAAACAAACGAACGUACACAUAGCCACUAAGUACUGACGACGACUAGAACAUCAUCAAUAGCAUGGCUGGGAUAGCAAUAGGCACACAGUUUGAAUUGUAGUGUUCCGCACAUAAUCAAUAAAUACCUCAGGUCUUGUCUGUCAAA